UACUCCCACUUCGAGGCAAACUCCGGACGAUUUCAAACACCCACAGGGUCGCUCGAUCCUUCGAACGCCCUAGUUCGACCUGCCUCCAAAGGAUUCAAGUCACCACCAGGUUGAGGCGGAUGGUGAGAUAAAUCUGAAUGCAUAGAUACCUCCCAAAGUACAGCCACAGUAGGAAUACAAAUUACGCCCAUACUUCCCAUUAUUUCUUCAAAUCAACGUCAGCCUCAUUCGUCCCAGCAUUUUAUCAAAGAGCCGCCUCAUACAUUGCGAUAAACAUUAUAACAAACAUCAAUUUCACUCAUGUCGCGCGACAUUACAAAGGACCAAAGUAUCCCCCCAAAGAAGAAAUAUCAAAGGUCGCAAAGUCCUCGGGCGAAAGAGCGAAGAAAGAUACAAAAUCGCAUUGCACAGCGCAAGCAUCGCCGCAGACUGAAGGAGCAGUCGGGUGCUUUUGAUAGCGACUCAUACGACAGUCAAGACGCAUUGCCAGAAUCAGGACACGACUGGAGAGAUCCCACGCCCAGCGAUCCGGUGUUGACCGUGGAACCUAUGGUACCCGAGGAUAUGUCAAUACAUCCAACUCCAGUAUGGGGUUCCUUCAGCAGCGCUCUGGAUCCCGCAUUCAGCCAGAUGCAGGGUACACCCUCACUGAUGCAUACUCCACCAAUGGACACUCACUUCUUUGCUUAUCCCUUCCCAAACUGCUGCACAUGCAGUACCGUCACUGGGCCAUGCCCAGCUCAUCUCGAUGACAAUCAAUAUCAAAUGCCUUUGGGUCCUAUGAGUGAUCCAGCAUACGAGAUGUCUGCAUUCAAUCGUCAACUCGCGAGCCCAACACCUUCCACCGCAAAGAAUGAGGAUCUUGGAGCAACUUCCAUCAAUCUCGAUCCACACUUACAGGCAACCAAUCCAUCAGCGCACAACGAAUCGCCAUCACUCUUACCUUCCUCGAGGGCUUUCAAAGUCACCAAGCGCCCUAUGAAACGCAUGAGGAGUAGUACCGACCCAUCUAUAAUGUUGGCACCGAAUUCAUUCAUCGCAACUUCAGAUGGCACACGCACACCAGCAAAACCCGGCAGUCCAUCUCCUCCCCGCAGAGCUUCUUCAGGUCGCACUGACUACAACUCGGCUGAGAGCAUCGCGCACAACACGAAGCGCUUCACAAAGGUCCUCAGUGCCUGUCGGGAAGCCGGAUUCGCUGACCUAGACACCCUCAUGGCGACAUAUUACGGAUGCACUUUCGAGACGGGAAGUGUAGCUGACAUGGCGCAACGCGCUUCACGUAGCCGGCGUUUGCCUCUCCUGAUCGAUAAGUUGCACUCCAGCAGCUCAUCCUGGCCUCGAUGGGAAGCCUGCGGAUUCCGCGACGCAACAACAGACAAAGCAAAGAAGGUGUACGAAACAGAGAUCCAAACUCUCAUCCAGAAUGUGGAGCAGCGCACGGCUGGAACCACUCUGGAUCAAAUUCACCCAGCACUACAGGCGGCGGGCGCAAACGGAUUGAGCAAAGCUGACGAGGACCUGAUGCUCGCUCAACUUACCACUCUGCCGGCGGACAUCGGAACCGCAGUGCAGGACGAUGCGCCUAAGCUGUGGUCCCUCUUCACAGAACUUGCGGGACCACAGGGUCUCUACUGUGACCGCAUCAGCCAGGCAGUGGUGGCGCUCUUGAUCAACGGCAGGCGUGCCCAGUGGAGGAAUUGAAAAAUCGGUUCGCAGUACUUUUUUUCGUAGAUACCCCCACUGACAUCAUGUUUUUUGAGCGUGCUUACAGUCAUGACUUCAUGUAUAUUUUUUCUACUUGGCCUAGAUCCUUAUGGAUUAGGUGUUUGAGGCAAACGGUUCCAUGGCGCAAAGAUCGUCAUGUUUGGGUUCGGAUAUCAGGAGAUGCUCUGGAUCGAGCAAGCUAGAUAGAAC